CAGCCGCAGACGGGAGGUGGGAGUGGAGAGAGGGAGAGACAGAGAGAGGACGCGAGCGGCAGCCAGAGUGAGAGUGAGAGCGAGAGGGAGAGGGGAUCCUCCUGGCCGUGCUCGAUCAUAUUGCAAAGAUUAAAAUAUUGAACAUUUGGUCCAAUUGUUUACUGUACAGCUCUGCACGUGGCCAGCUGCUAAAGGUUGCUGAGAAUUGGUAUAUUCCCCGUGCCAUUUGAAGAUGGUGAAGCCUGAUCUUCACACUCUGGCCCAUCAUCUCAAGCAAGAGCGUCUUUACGUGAACUCUGAAAAGCAAUUGCUUCAGCGGCUAAAUGCAGAUGUGCUCAAAACUGCAGAAAAACUGUACUGUUCAGCAUGGAUUGCAAAGCAGCAGCGAAUUAACUUGGAUCGUCUAAUACUAACAAGUGUUGAAGCAUCACCAGCAGAAUGCUGCAAACAUGCCAAGGUGUUGGAGGAUACACAGUUCGUGGACGGUUACAAACAGCUGGGAUUCCAAGAGACGCUGUACGGUGAAUUUUUAUGUCGACUUCGAGAGAACCCAAGGCUCGUCGCCUCUUGUCUAGUUGCUGGGGAGAAGCUUAAUCAUGAGAGCACGCACAGCGUCAUCCUUACAGUGUUUACUGCCCUUUACGGUAACUGCAUAAUGCAAGAAGAUGAGAGUUACCUUCUGCAAGUAUUGCGUUACCUGAUUGAAUUUGAACUGAAGGAAAGUGACAAUCCUCGGCGGUUGCUCCGAAAAGGUGCUUGUACUUUCAGCAUUCUGUUCAAACUUUUUUCGGAGGGGCUGUACUCUGCAAAGCUUUUCCUCACAGCAACUUUACAUGAACCAAUAAUGUUGCUCCUUGUUGAAGAUGAGGAUCACUUGGAAACUGAUCCAAAUAAGCUCAUUGAAAGGUUUACUCCAGUACAACAGGAGAAGCUCUUUGGGGAAAAGGGAACAGAGCAGUUCAGGCGGAAGGUUCAAGAGAUGGUAGAGAGCAAUGAAGCAAAGCUAGUGGCUCUGGUGAACAAAUUUAUUGGAUAUCUCAAACAGAAUACUUACUGUUUUCCACAUAGCUUGCGCUGGAUUGUAUCACAAAUGUACAAAACCUUGUCUUGCAUGGAAGGGCUGGAUAUUGGGGAGGUGAAGGCCAUGUGCACUGACCUAUUGCUUGCCUACUUCAUUUGCCCUGCAAUUGUGAAUCCAGAACAGUAUGGGAUAAUUUCUGAUGCUCCAAUUAAUGAAGUGGCAAGAUUUAAUUUGAUGCAGGUGGGCCAACUCUUACAGCAGUUAGCAAUGACUGGAAGUGAGGACGCAGAUCCACGACUCAAGAACAGUCUUUGCAAAUUUGAUAAAAGUUGUGUUGCAGCUUUUUUGGAUGUCAUAAUUGGAGGACGUACAGUGGAAAUUCCUCCCAUGUCCUCAGUGAAUUUGCUGGAAGGGCUCAGCAGAACUGUGGUCUACAUGACACACAAUCAGCUUUUAAACUUGAUUACCUUUGCACGACAUGUAAUGCCGGGGGAGUUGCUAAGGGAAGAGGACAGAAUGGCUCUGGAGAACCUUAUCAUUAACGUUCCACAUCACAGAACAGGGAAGAGCAAUAGUCUGGAGUUGACUCCCUCCAGCACACCCCAGUUGUCUCCUGCAACUACUCCAGCCAAUAAAAAAAAUCGACUGCAAAUAGGACAACAAUUAGCAUCCAUUACCGCCUGGGAUACUUCGACUACAAAUCUGACUGCUCACAUUCCUCUUGUAGCUCCAUUUGCUGGAAGAAAUAGAACCCGGACAAAUGAAGCAAAAGAACACUUGGAACACGAAAAUACAAUACAAGAGGCCUUGCAGGAAGUGCAGCCUGAAGAAGUGUUGGUCAUUUCACUGGGUACUUCUUCUCAGAUGACGCCAGGGAUGAUGUCUGAAAAUGAGGUGUUGAGCAUGCAGCUUGCUGAGAGUGGCCAGGGUGAAGUGCCUGUAGAGGAUGGAAAACUACACGGCAAACCAGAUAAAACCCUGCGCUUUUCUCUGUGCAGCGAUAAUAUGGAGGGAAUAUCAGAAGGUGAAGCUUUUCCUAUGGGACCUUCAAACCGUUCAAACUCGGUGUCCUCAUUGGACCUGGAAGGAGAAUCGGUCUCUGAACUUGGAGCAGGACCCUCUGGGAGUAACGGUGUUGAAGCUUUGCAGCUGCUGGAACAUGAACAAGCCACAACACAAGACAAUCUGGAUGACAAACUGCGUAAAUUUGAAAUCCGUGAUAUGAUGGGGCUGACAGAUGAUAGGGACAUUUCGGAAACUGUAAGUGAGACUUGGAGCACAGAUGUCCUGGGAAGUGAUUUUGAUCCAAACAUAGAUGAAGAUAGACUGCAAGAUAUUGCAGGUGCAGCGGCAGAGAAUAUGCUGGGUAGUUUGCUAGGAUUACCAGGUUCAAGUUCAGUGCUACUUGAUCCUUGCACAGGGUCAACGAUCUCUGAAACAACGAGCGAGGCCUGGAGCGUGGAAGUGCUGCCAAGCGACUCGGAAGCCACAGACCUGAAGCAGGAGGAACGACUGCAAGAGCUGGAAAGUUGUUCUGGGAUUGGUAGCACAUCCGAUGAUACAGAUGUGAGAGAAGUGAACUCAAGGCCCAGUACUCCUGGACUCAGUGUUGUAUCAGGCUUUUUACACUAUUUAACAGGCAUCAGUGUUACAUCAGAAGACAUACCCAAUAAAGUUGAGGACAUACGAUCAGAAUGCAGCUCUGAUUUUGGAGGAAAAGAUUCUGUAACAAGCCCUGACGUGGAGGAAAUUGUGCAAGGUGGACAUCAGUUGACUUCUUCACUUUCCCAGACAGAUGCAUUGCUUGCAAUGUUUGAUCCGCUGUCUUCAGAUGCUUCAAGCAUACCAUCAAUAGUCAGGCCUAAAGUGCACUAUGCAAGACCGUCACACCCACCACCGGACCCUCCAAUACUAGAAGGUGCCAUAGGGGGCAGUGACGCCAGAUUGCCACCGUUUGGGUCACACAUAUGUUGCCAAACUGAAGCGGAGCUGCUUAAACAGCGACAUUCCUUUCCAGAAAGACUUGUCCGCAGCAGAAGCUCUGAUGUUGUUUUGGCAUCUCGAAGACCAAUGAGUGAUCCUGGAUGGAAUAUUCCAGGUAGCAGGAGGGCAGUGAAUGAAGAAAUAUUUGCAUCGGGAGCAGUGACUGGGAUCGGUGGGCCAACGUCGUCCCCAAGCAAAGACUCCCUGGGAGAGGAUAGAAAAGACAGCGAUGAUGAGAAAUCAGAUCGUAGCAAAUCCUGGUGGAAGAAGCGAUUUGUAUCUGCUAUUCCGAAAGCUCCCAUUUCCUUCAGGAAGAAAGAUAAACAAGAAAAAGACAGAGAAGAUGGUGCACAGGAAAGGUUUCAGGCCAUGCAAGGUUGGCUGAUCCUACCUUACAUAAAGAAUGAUGAGCCAAUUCCCAGGUUGAAUGCACAAGCCCAGGCUGCUGAGGAUAUUCUGGAUAAAUACAGAAGUGCUAUUAAACGAUCCAGUCCCAGUGAAGCAGUUGCAAAUGAUGAGGUUACAGAGGUCAUCGGAGAUGAGAGUAUGCACGAUUCGCCACGUGAUGAAACUCUUCAGAACCUUUCAGCGGAUGAUCUGCCAGACUCCGCCAGUCAGUCGGCCCAGACUCAAGACUCCACAUUCUCCUUCAGGGAUGCAAAGAAGAAAUUGCGAAUGGCACUAUGUUCAGCUGACUCGAUUGCCUUCCCUUUGGUGAGCCAUUCAGCAACAAGAAAUGGGCCCCCUGGAGGACCGGACCAAGGGGAAUCUGAAGACAAUGAGAUUGUGUGCUUUCUCAAAGUUCAGCUGGCCGAAGCCAUCAAUUUGCAGGAUAAGCAUUUGAUGGCACAGAUUCAGGAAACCAUGCGCUGCGUUGGCAGAUUUGACAACAGGACCUGUCGCAAGCUACUCUCUGCAAUUGCUGACGACUACAGGAAACGAGCUCCAUAUAUUGCUUAUUUGACACGAUGUCGUCAGGGACUCCAGACGACACAAGCCCACCUUGAAAGGCUCUUGCAAAGGGUGCUGAGAGAUAAAGAAGUUGCCAACAGAUAUUUCACAACGGUCUGUGUGAGGCUAUUGCUUGAAAGUCGAGAGAAGCAUAUCCUGGAAUUUAUUAAAGACUUUCAGAAUCUCACUGCAGCAGAUGACAAAACAGCUUUAGUAGAAGAAUUCUUGCAGUCAUUGUAUGGAGCUAUGGCACAAGACGUUAUCUGGCAGAACGCCAGCGAGGAACAGCUCCAGGAUGCACAGAUGGCAAUUGAACGCAGUGUCAUGAACCGCAUUUUCAAACUGGCUUUCUACCCCAAUCAGGACGGUGAUAUUUUACGCGACCAACUCUUCUAUGAGCAUAUUCAGCGUCUCUGCAAAGUUGUCAGUGCAUAUCACCGGGCACUUCAAAUCCCAGAGGUAUACUUGAAGGAAGCUCCAUGGCCAUCUGCACAGUCUGAGGUUCGAACAAUCAAUGCAUACAAGACCCCAAGAGAUAAGGUUCAGUGCAUCCUCCGAAUGUGCUCCACCAUAAUGAAUCUGUUAAGCCUGGCCAAUGAGGAUUCAGUCCCUGGGGCCGAUGACUUUGUUCCUGUUCUUGUGUUUGUCCUCAUCAAGGCUAACCCACCCUGCCUGCUGUCCACUGUUCAGUACAUCAAUAAUUUCUAUGCCAGCCGGCUCGGUGGAGAGGAAUCCUAUUGGUGGAUGCAGUUCACAGCAGCAGUUGAAUUCAUUAAAACCAUUGAUGAUCGCAAGUGAUGCAGAACACCACCUGCAUAACAGACUGCGAGGAAAAGUGAAGAGAUUUACACCAACUGUUUGUGGGAGGGAGCUGAGGAUUGAAUCUUCUCUUGUAUAAUACAUGUACAUAGCGUGGAGACGUUUAAAUGAAAAACAAAACACAACUAGAUUCACUGGAUCUUUACCAAAAUUAACAAUCAAAUUUACUAACAGGUCUUUAUAUUACUGUCAGCAAUGCGAAAAGGGACCACACUUUUUCAGGUAUUUCAGAAUUUGAAACUGCACUGUAAGCAAAUGACACCUCCCCCUCUCUGUUAUUCUGGUCUGUGUGAAUUCUGAAACUGGGGCCUUAAACAAGUGUUGUUUUGAUUUCAUUUCACUCACCACGCCCAUCCCCACUCCUCAAUACUGACGAAAGAAUCUGCAGCUCAUGGCGUCAUGUCUUUUUCAUGAGGCAGUGAUUCUUUUUCUUGAGCAUCCCGUUCAAAGCAGGGGGUGGAAACUUGCAUUUGACCAAACAAAUCAUGGUUUCCCUGAAAGUAGAUUGUUGCAGGUGUGCAGCAUGCCUGAACCAGAGGCAAAGAAUCAACAGGUCAAUCAGUUUCUCUGAAGAAGUCACCUUUUUGUGUUGCCUCAUGUUUUUCAGCCUUCCAAUAAAUUAUUUCCAAAGUCUGGGCUUUUCUUUAAGAAAGCUGAUAUACCUGACAUUGUAACCUUAUUGGCAUCUGUUUUACGUGUUAACAUUUAACAAACCUGUUAGUAAGGCAGAAUGGGACUCUGCUAUUUUGUUGCUGGGGUCUUUAGAAACUUAAUUCGUAUAAUGAUGCUUUUUUGGAGGAAAUUUUACAAGGUUUUGCUUGGCUUGAGGAAGAGCAAAAUCGUAAGUGCUGGCUCUCAGUAUUUCCAGUUCUUAAUCUAGUUUCUUUAUUACGUGGCAAAUCAUCGAUCCAGGAAAAAAACUGAAUCUGAGACUCUGGUUUCUGAAUAAGAGAUCCAGUUUUAGUCAGGGAAUGCAGAGGUGACUCUCCCACAAUCCAAACUCAGCAAGAUAUGUAGUAAAAGCAGCAAUGAAAAUGUUGAACUCUCGCCUGCAAUUGAAUUUCAACCUUGACUGCUAUUUGAACUCCCUUAUUCUCAUGAAGGUUUUUUUUUUCUCUCUGUGUAAUCGACUGGGGUGUGAAGACCAUUCAUGCCUCUCAGAAGCACAUCUCUUCAUCUCCUGGAGCACACGAGGAAAUUUGCAACCAUGACUGCCAUGGCUGAGAGAGAUGAAAAUUUGAGUGGAAGACCAGCAAAAAUCACUUCAAUCCCUCACAGCAGCUGAGACUUCCAGUUGACAGCAGUGCCUUUGUCGACAGUCAGAGUUAACAUUUAACGGCCAACAUGAAUGGACAGCCAUAGAUGACUUGCGCUUACUGCACCUUUACAAAGCCGUUUUUAAUAAAUAGAGUCGGAGGCAUUGGGACUUGGCUUGUCCAGAACAAUUUACAGAUCAAACUUUAAAACUGCAGUGAGUCAGAUGUGGAUUGUUGGGAUAUAUAAAUGGCAAGAUAUGAUACGAAUUUAAAUUAUUGCAUUUUAGGUUACAUUAUAAAUGGCUCACAAGGUAGGAUUAAAUAAUGGCAGCUCCAAUAAGUUAAGUCUGAUUUGUUUUUUUUCUUUAUUAUAUAUAAAAAGGGAUCAUUACUCGAUGGGUGGAUAAAUAGUUAUAUUCAUGUAAAUUUCAUCUGAUUUUGCAUAUUUUUAGAAAAUAAACGAGAGAAGAUGGUCUCCAUUGUGGUGAUCCAAAACCCAGUCUAACAUAUCAGAUCCAUGGGCCAGCAAAGGCCACCUUGGAUUGCUUAUACGAGUCUGUCCACGGGCAGCAUUGUAUGGCAUCCUCCCCAAUCUUAGUUACUGGUCCUCACCUGAGACUUGUUCCGAGCAUUUCUCUAAUGAUAGUGUUGCAGUUUGGAUCAAGGACAUGGAAUGGUGAAUACCAUAGGGGGGGGGUCGCUUGUUGGAUACUUUAUCUGAGCGUCAGAUUUAUGCACCUCAAUAUAUCCCCUCUGGAGGAAAGACCUAAAGAGCAAGUACUCCCGUCCAAACCUUGCAAUUGACCAUUUCUUAGACAGCAAACGUUAAGACUCUACAAUCUUUCAUUAUUAAUUAUCUAAAUUGCAAAAUCCGGAACAUGGUCUAACUAUGUAUAUUUGAUGUGAGACAAGAUAUUUUAGUGUCAAGCUAGAUAACAAGAUCUUACUCGGUUAUAUUUCAAACACCACCCUGAUUGUCGUCCUGAAGAAAUGGAACACUUGACAUCAACCCAACCUGGAUCCAUGGAACAAAACCUUCGCCAGCUUUUAAUCUGUGCAAUUAAAAGAACGUCCUGGAAUGAAUCUUGAUGUGCUGCAUCUGCACACUUUAGUUUGCCAGUUGUCACGUGGUGGAAGAUUCGAUGGUGAAUACAAUCAACUGAUAAAGCCAUACACUGGGGUGAUUUAAAAAAACAAAAAAACAAAGUCUAUUCACCUGAUUACAACAAUGAGUUAUUCAUUUUAUCUGCACAUUAUAAGAAUUUUUCAGCCAACCCUACUGAGAGUAGGUGAUCACUGUUCAUGUUGAGUUGAAAUGACUUACCAAAAGCAACUUUUAUUUUAACUUUAUUUUUAUUUGGUGUAAUUAAGUUUGAGUGUUAAGUGUCUAGUUAACGCUAAUGGAAGGUUACAUGAUCAAAUGGCAUUUUUGAAUACAUCUAAUCUUGGGUUACACAUUUGGGAACCUGAAUUACUUACACUGGUGCAGAUCUCGGCCUGAUAGUGUUAGAAAACUGGAGAAAGUAAUUUAUGUAUACAUCUGGCCGCAGAGUAUUAAUGCAUUUGGUAUUGUACGCAGCUAUGAAGUGUCUGAAUUGAUAACUUGAGCAGAAUUGCUCACAGUACCUAAUCUGGCACAAAACCGUUUUACAGAUGAGCUAAUUGGAGAAAAUCGGACACAGAGUGGAAUUGUUUGAAAAAAAAUUCAAAACUUAGCUCUUUUUGGUUUAGUGAAUGUUAUGUUUCCCUGGCGUUGCGGAUGAUAGUUUGGGCAUCAUUGGGGUUUACUGAGGAUAGUACACAGAUUAUGAAUUAUCAUGCUGGGUUCCUAAUGGCAUUGAGAGAAGGUGCAGCUGAAGGGUGCUUGCUUCUGCUAAAGACUAAUUGGCUGAAACAACAAUCUUUGGGUUUUGCAGUUGCACUUUGAAAUUUUAAGACAUUGAUAUGUUUUUUUUUAAUGUUUUCCUUACCAUAAAGAAACUUUGAUUUAGGAAAGAAAUCUGAAUAUAAGCAAUGGUGUUUAGGGAUUGGGACUUAUUUAUUUUACAAUUAGACUUUGUGAAAACUGAAUUGUCAACUAUUUAUUUUUAACAGGCUUUCGCUGCAGGUUCAUUCUAAGUUGCUUUUGUGUUUUAAAUUUUGAAGUACUAUCUUAAACAUUUGAAGCCUUGCCCCAUUACUUUGCUUAGACAACUUGUAUAUGAGUCAUUGAUUGUAUCCUAAGAGAUUUUGGAAUGUAUGGAAGCUACCACUUUCAUAGAGUGUAAAUUAUUUGAAAAAAAAAAAUUACAACUGCUUUAAUCAAAAACAAAGAAUUGUAUACUCACAAUCAUUUUGAGCCAGAAAAUACAUAAGGACCAAGCAUACCACCAUAUCAGUGAUGUUCUGAAACAUUGGGAAUGGACAACUCCUGAUUUUCUGCAGUUAGCAGCUAGGGACACAGAAGGGACUGUUUUCUUGAGAAAUUUAACCUGUGCUAACUCAAUACUACAUUUUGUUUGUUAGCUGCAUCACCUGUAUUACUGCCUCUUUGAAACUGUUAGAGAUUUUACAAAGCCUAAAUUAACGAGCUUGCACAAUCUUGCACACAGGAAAAAUGUAUACUGUCUUUAAGGAGAUUAAUGUAAUAUAUCAAUCCAUAAUGCUAAUUAAAGGGAGCAGUUUAUCCCAU